CUGCCCAUUUUGGACGACUCUUUGAUUUUUACUUAUAAUUACGUAUAUUUCAUAAAUUUCUUCAUAUUUGUUAUAGUUUUAUAUGAAAUAACGAUUUUUAAAGACAUUAUCUUGUUGUUCAGGAUUAAAAAUAUUUAUAUACUGUUUAUAUUUCAAACAACAAUUAAAUUUGAAACACAUAAUGUGAUUACGACAGGUAAUUCAAUUUACUUGAAACACGAAUGGCUAAAGAAUGUCAAAUUAGGUUGCUUAUUAUUCUGUUUGUGUUCUCAAGUACAAGAAUUACUAUCUAAAGAGAACAAAAUCUAGAGAGAAUGUUUUCAAAAAAGAAAAAGAAGCCACUAAUUUCCCCGCCAAGUAAUUUUGAGCAUAGAGUUCACACUGGUUUUGAUAAACAAGAAGGCAAGUUUGUUGGAUUGCCAUUACAGUGGGCUUCACUUGUUGGAAAUAAUCAGAUAUUAAAGUCUACCAACAGGCCAUUACCUUUAGUAGAUCCAUCAGAAAUCACACCCACCGAGAUUUUAGACUUAAAAACAGUAGUUAGAGGUGAACAUAGAGUUACUUCAGUAUCCUCAAUUGCUCGACCGAUAUCAACCAGCAUACCAACUCCACAGCCAGUCCAAAAUGGUGUUGUCUUGCCGAAAACCUCCAAUGUUGCUAGAUCAAACUCUUUGAGAAGCACUAGUCCACCUCGGAUACGAAGGGAUCUACGCAAUCAACCUAAUGUGCCUCCUCCUGUACCUGAAGAAUCACCACCAGUACCACCUGCUCCACAACAUGAAGAAUCACUUCAUAAAGCUUUUAUGAGAAAAAUUAUGUCAGAUUAUGAUUGGACAGGCCAACCUGUUGACACAUCCAGAGCAGGCACAGAGCUCAAUGAUAAUCAUAAUCCAGCAUUGACAUACCAGAAUAUACAAAAUGCUAAUGUGCCUUAUCAACAUAAUCAGCCUCCCCAGCCUGUGCCUCACAAUAUACAUCAAGGCGUUAAUGGAAACAAUGUUAAUAGAGGUGACGCAUACCCAGUUCCUGCAUCACAACAUCACCAUCAACAUGGAGCCGUUCCAGUUGCUUCACAGCAUCUCCCAUUAGCUUCAAAACAUGAAUUACGGCUGACCCAUGAACAGUUUCGAGCAGCGUUAAGGCUGGUGGUCAGUGAAGGUGACCCACGGUGUACCUUGACUGGGUUCAGUAAGAUUGGAGUAGGCAGCACUGGUGUGGUGUGUGCUGCAACAGAUACGUUGACCUGUCGCCGCGUCGCCGUUAAGAUGAUGAACUUGCGCAAGCAACAGAGGCGGGAGUUGCUUUUCAACGAAGUGGUGAUAAUGCGAGACUACCCGCACCCGAAUAUAGUGGAGAUGCACGCGUCGUACUUAGUGGGCGAUGAGCUGUGGGUGGUGAUGGAGUACAUGGCAGGUGGUGCGCUCACUGACAUCGUCACCAGGCAUUCGGUCAGGAUGGACCCCGAGCAGAUCGCUACAGUUUGUAAACAGUGCUUAAAGGCAUUAGCAUUCCUCCACGGUCAAGGCGUUAUUCAUAGAGACAUUAAAUCAGAUUCUAUUCUUAUGACGGCAGACGGUCGGGUCAAGUUAUCGGAUUUCGGUUUUUGCGCUCAAGUUUCUCAAGAAUUACCAAAACGCAAGUCACUUGUUGGUACUCCAUAUUGGAUGUCACCUGAAGUUAUAUCCAGAUUGCCAUAUGGCCCCGAAGUAGAUGUGUGGUCUUUGGGUAUUAUGGUAGUGGAGAUGGUUGAUGGAGAACCUCCAUUCUUCAAUGAACCACCUUUGCAGGCGAUGCGACGCAUCCGAGACAUGCCACCUCCACGGCCGAGACUAGCUGCCCGCUGUCCGCCCGACUUGCUAGCCUUCAUCGACUGUGCACUCGUACGUGACCCCGCGCAGCGGCAGUCGGCCGCCCGCCUCCUCCACCAUCCGUUCUUGCGUCGUGCCGGGCCACCCGCGCUGCUUGUGCCUUUGAUGCCGCACAACCAACCGCAGCCUCAUCCCCCCGCCCCACCGCAUCCCCAUCCACACCCUCAACACCAGCCCCAUCCGCAGCCACAUCACCUCCAAGCGCAUCCACAACCGCACCAUCAUCCAAAUGAACAAUAAACGACAAUCCCCACCUUACAACUGCUACAGAAGAAGUAAAAAAUUUGUCGCCUAUUUAUAUAAAUGUUAUAUGUUAUACAAUAUGGUAAGCCAAAGUUGUUAUCAAUACAACUCCUUAUCAUUCUACUUAUUUAUAAGUUUCUAUAAAAUAAUAAAAUCUUGAUAAAUGUGUGUUAUAGUUUUACCCAAAAAUAUUUGUCUUUGUUCUAUUUACGUGUGUCGGAUUAAAAGGUUCGUUAUGACACAUGUUAAAUUGGUAUAUAAUUUACUGGUAUCUCUAUCAUAUCAUAAAAUUAUAAUUGUGUCCUUCUGUCAAUACGGGGUUUUAAAACAGCUGUACUAGCUUUAAUGUAGACAAAUAUUAGUAGUUGGUUUUUGUUUUUUGUCAAUGACAAAAUUUCAAUUUGCGUUUAAAUCUUAUGCUGUUUGUUAAUAAAUCACGGCUACAUUAUGUUUGUAUGUAAAUUUCACGCGAGCACUAACUGAAAAAUACAGUCGAUACAUUCGUUUGCCUCCUGUUUAUGAGUCUAAAAUUCUGUCACAUUUUUAUUGAUUUAUGACUAUAUUUAGAAUGUUCUCUCACAUACGUUUUUAGCUUCAGGUUUAAUUUCUGAAUCUAAUUUCGUCGACAUAAUAAUAAAAUAAUUUGUCAAUGGAAUCUAUCUGGGUAAAACUGUAACAAAUUUUUUAUCAUACGUCAAUUGAAUAAUUUCAGUUAAUUUUUUUUUUAUUAUUUUAUAUGAUGUAGUGUUAGCAACAAAAGAUAACCAGUGAAAUCAUUCAAAUUUUUUGUAAAUAGUAUGUAAUCAUUAAAAUCAACAUUUCGCCUAUUAGAUUUACUCAUGUGAUUGAUAUUUGAUUUUAAAUACAUAUUUCAGUAUUGUUUUUUUAAUCGAAGGUGUCUUAGUAAGUAAUAUACAUACAUAUAUACAAAUUUUUGUACGCAAGGCAACUGAUAUAAUUAUAUUAUUAUAUUUAAUCUAGUAUUUAUAACAUUCCUUAUUUAAUCUUUAUUUUUUUAUUAUGCAAAUUCAAGAUCAGUUAUUAAUGAAUUUUAAUAUUAUUGUUGAAAUUAUUUUUGAUGUAUUGCCAUAAAAUGUUGGUUGGUUAUAAGAAUUGUUGUAAGAACAUGCUGUAAUUUGCAUGUAGCAAGUAUUGUCUUUAAUUUUAGGUAUUUGCGUACCUCUUAUUAUAUUCAAAACUUAGUAAGAUUAAGUAUUAAUAUUAGCAGCCAGUAUGAUGGAAAUACCCCAAUAAAUGUUAAGUGUCAGACAUUUUAGAAUGUAUGAAGUAAUAAUCUGACGAUGUUUUUUUAUUAAAAAGUUCUCUAUCUUUUUUGUGGAAGAGUGAUACGACAAGAGUAAAAUCUCUGUCUCUCAUCAAAUCUUAUUCGCACUCUAUAUUGCUAUAGAACGAUUAAACGAAACAUUGAAUUAUGUCUUGUUUAAUCCUCUCAUUAACCUCAAAAAUGAGAUUUGCUGCGAAGCAGGCAUACUACUCGCCUGUUUAUCUUAAUCUUCACAUGAUGACUAGAGGUUUGUUGUUUAAAUAAAUUUAAAAUUUAUAUUAAUUUGUUGAUCACAAUAAUUAUGUCGUAGUAAUGUCAGAUCUAAUAUUUUAUGCAUGACAAUUAUAGAUAUUAAAAAAAAAAUGAUAUUUUCGAUACAUCUAUUAACACAGUAACUUUAAAGACUAGAUAAUUAUAGCGUGAAAAAUUUGUGCCUGAACGUUGAUCAAUACUUUUCAAAAUCAGUAUUAAAAUGACAAUUCGCUUAUGUACUUACUUUGUUAAGAGAAUGUAUUGUACUUAGAUGGUAUUUUAUAUUCAACGUUAAUAUUUAUUAAUGAACAUUUCAUAACUACAUUCCGAUAAAAUGUUAUUUUUGUAUAUAGGUUGUGGUGUGGUCACAAACAAUUUAUGGGAAAUCAAGAAUUAAUAUUAAUGAAAAAUUAAAAAUAUUAAAGAAGCGUUUAAGCGAUUUAAAAUGUUGGCCUUAUAGUGGUAUUAUAAUGAAUAGAGACAUUAGUUGGGGUGAUGAGGGGCUGACGUGCUAUAUCUUUUUAACGACUUCAAAGAAAUUAUUAAGCUGUUUGUAUAAUAUGUGAUAUGAAACCAUACUGAUCAAUCUUAUUUCAAGGAUUUAUUGCUUAUUAUUUAUUUAUUAUUAUUUAUUUAUUAUUAUUAAUAUUUCCUUGCUCCCCCAUCUAAUGUGAUUAACAUUUUUAAUUAAAAAUAAAAACUUUGGUGAUCUUUGGUUUUACAUACUAAAUAUUAAUGUUUAUUUAUAUCCAAUGAGGCCAACUUAUUCUGCGCGAACUGUGAAAGCAAUUAAUUUUACAGAUCAAACUUUGUGUCAAUAAUGUGUUCAGAAUAUAUUGUAUUUAGUGGAGAAUAAUAAUGAAUGAAAAAUAACCGUAGCACUGUCUGUAUAGUAGAUCUUUUGAGGUACAUACUUAAGACAAUCACAUUUCACAUUCUUUACAAUUAAUGAGCAGUAUUAAAUAGUUGUCCGUAAUUAAACGAAAAGGAAUAAAUGAAAGUAUAUCUGUUUAAGACAAUUUAUAGAUAUCUACCAUGUUUGUAGACAGUCGCGAGUGUGUAGUCAUUUUUAAAAUUCUGUCAUCAUACAAAUUCGGAAUGGAAUGAUUACAUUUCUAAAAUAAUAGUUAAAUUGGACAUAGCAAUGUUUUUGUUAAUUAAAUAUGUGCUAUUAGCAAUUCUAUUUCAUAAUAAUAAAUUGUAACUAGACGAUACAUAGUUGACACAUAUAUAUAUAUAUAUAUAUAUAUAUAUAUAUAUAUUGUUUUUUUUUCGAAAAUUAUGCAAAAAUUAUUGUAUCAAAUUAGAUGCGGUUUCCACAUUUGUGUUACCGCAGACGUAUCUUAGAAUCUGGUCUAGUUUUAUGUUAAUACGUCAUUUAGAACUGGUUAGGUACCUUAUUUCUAAAUCCAUGUGGCUAAUAUACUCUGUAAAAUUAGUCUUCAAUUUUUGUGAAAAAUUUGGGGGUAUCGAUUAAAUGUGGAGGAUGGUGAUGAUAAACAAUGUUUUUCACACAAAUAUCACGUUAUUUAUCUUUGGAGUAAUUUUUAGUUUAAAAUAUGAAUUGCUACAUGCACAUAUUUUAAUUUUUAAUGUCCAUUUUAAUGGAUUCUCCGCAACUACGCUAUUAAUAUUAGUAAGUACUUAAUAAUCUAUGACUUAGGCAGCUAGAAUUGAGAUUAUGUUGUAUUUCUGUUUCAUUCACGUUUGUGGUAAUAUCAAAGAGCCUUAAAAUUAGACUUAGUGCCUUAACACAGCCUAGAACUAGAUUUUAGAACUUAUUGCACCUGAUGUUAUUUUAGGUAUUUUAAAACUAAGUAUAAGUCAGAGCCCUAAUAUAUCACUCAUCACAAAAUAUUUCAUUCGUACUCAAUUUACAUUUCCAUUUUAUAAUUUAUUACUUACAUUAGUUAAGAUUUUGUUUUAAUGAGGUAUAUGCCAAAUAUAUUGUAAUUCUAUAUUGCAUUGUUGAUAAGAACUGUUAUAAAAUAUAGAAUUUGAAACAA